UCUCCUUCUUCAAAACCUGGCUUGUGGCUUUAAGGAGUUUGAAAGGGCAAACCAGAAAAGAGAGAGAAGGGAGAGAGGAAAAGAAAACCCUCUUUAGAUCUUUCUUCUUUCGUUGUCUUUCUCUGGACGAAGCUGCCGAGUCCUGACAAUUUCUCAGGAUAAAUCCAAUCAUGGUUCUAUGGGUUUUUGGCUACGGUUCGUUGGUAUGGAACCCAGGAUUUGAAUUUGAUGAGAGAAUAGUAGGCUUCAUCAAGGAUCAUAAGCGGGUCUUUGAUCUUGCAUGCAUUGAUCACAGGGGUACGCCUGCAAACCCAGCAAGAACUUUGACUCUGGAAGACAGCGAAGGAGCCAUUUGUUGGGGUGCUGCGUACUGUGUUAGAGGAGGUCCAGAAAGGGAAAAAGUGGCGAUGGAAUACUUAGAGAGAAGAGAAUGUGAAUAUGAUCUGAAGGCUCUUGCAGACUUCUACACGGAGGAAGACACUAUAAUGCCUAUCUUAACAGGCGUGUUGGUAUUCAAAUCCACUCCAGACAAAGAAUUAAACAAGUAUUAUUUAGGGCCAGCCCCAUUAGAGAACAUGGCAAGGCAAAUUGCAAUAGCUGCUGGACCAUGUGGGAACAACAGAGAGUACCUUUUCAAAUUGGAGAAAGCCUUGUAUGAUAUAGGUCAUGAAGAGGCCUAUGUGAUAGAGCUGGCAAAUGAAGUGAGGAAGAUUGUUGGUCCUAUUGUGAGACCAGAGGAGAAUUUAGUAGCGACUCACGUGCCCCUCAAUUUCCAUAUCGCACCGAUACAGCUUGUUCCCCUUCAAGAACCCAUUGCCAUGGACUCAUAAUUACGAAAGGAAGGGAAAAGAUGAAAUAGAAAGCAUCCCCCCAACACAUUUGACUGUUGUCUUCCCUGCUUAUUCUCUACUUUUAUUUAGGCCUGGUAUUGCGAAGUUUGCUUUUAACCUCAGCAAUAGAUCUGUUAGGGCUGCUGACACAUUCAUUUUCCUACAUAACUUUGAUUAGCAGUGUGGGGUGGGAGGAAGAAACGGUAGCCACCACCUUUGAUGUGGUUUUGGAAUUGAGAAGAGACUAACAUCAAUACUUAAAUGGCAAUGUAUCAGAUAAAUGUUGGGAAUGACAGUUUCAAUUUUUGAAUGAGAAAUCUAGUAGAAUUUCUUACC